UAUUAAUUGCAAAUGUAAAAGCAUACGACGCUAUAGACGUUUGGAGACUAUGUUAAAACUCCCUUGAAUACCAACAUAAACCUUUCGCUUUAAAUUGGAAACGCUUUUACCGUAAACAAAGGUAGAGUCGUAAAAAUGCAACAUGGCGACUGCGAUGGCAGGACGUGGUCUCUCCUUCAUUAGGAACAUAUUUCACUCCAGGCUGCAGGUUCCGGGUGUUGGCCCUCAGCAGCUGUCAUGUGUCCACACCACCACGUCACUGGAGUCCAAACACUGGGAGAGGAGGAACCUGAAGGUGUAUCCACCUCAGCUGCCAGAUGAGCCUCGCAGACCAGCAGAGAUCCACCACAGUCGGAGGCAGAUCAAGUACAGCAAAGACAAGAUGUGGUACCUGGCAAAGAUGAUCAGAGGAAUGAGCAUCGAUGAGGCAGUUGCACAGCUGGAGUUUAAUGACAAAAAGGGAGCAAAGAUCAUGAAAGAGGUCCUUCUGGAAGCUCAGGAGAUGGCAGUUAAAAAUCACAACGUAGAGUUUAAAUCAAACCUGUAUGUAGCUGAGUCAUUUUCUAGCAAAGGGAUGUACCUGAAGCGCAUCCGUUACCACGGCCGCGGGAUGUUCGGCAUCAUGGACAAAGUUUACUGCCACUAUUUUGUCAAACUGGUGGAAGGCUCACCACCCAAAAAGGAGGAGAAGACGAGCUUUGACCAGGCCAAAGAGUACGUGCAGGGCCUCAAGAACCGGACCAUCAUCCACAGCCUGUAGAUCAGAUCUUAGACACUAUUUAAGUUGUUGCUGUAUUUCAGUGUGAAUCUUUUGAUAUUUGUAAAUAAAGGAGAAUGAAUGUCA